AUGAGUUGGGCGCAGCAGCGGGAACGGAUUCGCCGCGCCGGGGGUCAGGCCAAGGACCUCGGGGCUGGGCUCUCAGAUUCUGCCCCUCGCCGCGCCGGGCGGGCAGUCGGCGCAGCUCACGCGCCCCAACGGCGCCCUGACGCGCGCCGGCAGCUCUACUACCAGCUUGCGGGCCGGAGGCCGCCGAGCCGCCAGUUCGACGAGGCGCAGCCCCUGAUCCGCGAGGCCCAGGUGGCCCGCAACGUGCGGCAGGCGGUGCUGGGCAACCCGGCCGAGGACGACGCGAUCAUGGAGCUGUCCGAGGAGGUCUACUUUUUGGACGGCUCCAGGGAGUGGACGCUGAGUUCGCAGACCACGCAGCGCCUCGACGACCGCACAGUCGUGGAGACGAGCCUGCGGCAGCCCCUGACCGCGCUGGCGCAGCGCGAGGUCUCCUACCAGCUCUUCAAGGGCGACGAGGAGGUGCUCUCCGACUUCGACGCCAUCUGCGACCGCGGCUGGCAGGAGCGGGGCAUCACGCCCGAGGAGAUCCGCUGGCGGGGUGCGGCGGAGAAGGAGGCCCGCGCGGUGGCCUUCACGGCCUGGCAAGGCCAUGCGUUCUUCUAUAAGAACGCCCGCAGCGUCUACCAGUGCGACGACGCGGAGGGCCUGAGGCCCCGCUUCCGCUCGGAGCGCCGCGAGUCGGGGCUGCCGGAGUUCGCGCAGUGGCAGGAAUGGGACGGGGACCUGCGGGCGGCGCGGGGCGCGCUGAUGGCCGCGGAGCAAGGUGGCCAUGCGCAGCCUCUGCGAGUGGCGCAGCCGGGCG